AGAGGCGUCAUGGACGAUUUCCAACGCCAGCAAUCUGUGUGGAAUUUAGUGAAGGAAAAUGUUCCCUAUUCUGAGCUUUCUGAGAUCCGAGGAGCGAUUGGAGAUACACUGAUUGAUAUGUAUACCGAGUUAUGUUCAGAGGUGCAGAUGUGGAAGAAGAUUUGGCAGGAGAUCCAUGACUCAGAGCAGGGCAGCAGGCCAGAAACCCCAGUUUUCCCUCUGGCUGACCCCCCGGCUAUUAAAGAGUUGCUAAAAGCUGAGAUUCAAUUGCUUCUGCUUACACUGAGGGAGAGAGCGGCCAGGCAUGGCAGGGAUGCAGAAGAGUUCAUGGCCCAGUACAAUCCCAAUGUGGUAAGUUAUGCGCUGGGCAGUAGUAGCACACAGAGACAGGAGAGUCCAAAAAGCUGUUGGGAAACUGCAAAAUCACCUUCUAGACCCCCAUCCAGCCUGAGUGAAAUUGGGAGCAGGCCAUUAUCCAGACUCUCAUCUUACUCCAGCUGCGAGGAAGAGAUCAAAACUUUAAGACACAAGUUAAACAUCACCCACAUAGAUGAAGUUGUAUCCCAUCUAAGGUCAGUCCUAACUGAAGAAUGUGAAGCAUUGAAGAGAGAUGUGAUGGUCCUUCAGGAGAACAUCGAGACAGAGCGAAGACCUGUAUCUCCCGAUCCCACUGUAGCAGAACUCAAAGAAGAACGGAGGAUCAUUCAAAGAGAUCUGAAGGCUCAGAUUUUGAUGAGCAGCUCCCAAACCCCAAACAACCUGACUAUAAGAAACCCACAAAUACACCACAGGGAAUCACAUAAACUUGCAUCUUCCGCAAACGAUUUUGAAAGGAUACAACAUUCAAACCAUAAAACAGUUCCCCCCACACUAAAGCCCUGUCCACCCAGAGAUGUAGACCACCUCAGGAGAGCCGUGUCACCUAAAGAGAAAGAUAGACUCUCACCCCACAGAACCCUAGACCCACAUCUAGAUCACCACCCAUCCGGUCCCAACAACACAGAGACCAUAAAUUCUCCCCUGAACAACCAUAUAAGGCUAAUAAAUGACAAUAGCUCAAAUGUUGAAUUAAACUCAUUCCUUAAUUCCACUUUGGAAUGUGAUGAUCGACACAGGAGGAAUUCAGUGAGGGCUUCAGCAUUCAGACUCAUUCCAGCAGCCUCCGUUGGGACGUCUGGAUCCACCCAAGGCCUCAUAAAGCCGCACGCGAGUAAAGAUGGCGAACUUGCCCACCUUCAGCCGGCUCCUCCUGCAGUACAGAGACCAUCCAGAGGGGGACAGAGAGGCCGCAGGUACCUUUGUGUUCCUCAGCAUGAUCAGUUCUCUAUGAGAUUGACAGCAGCUCUUUCUGACAUAGAGACGUAAUGCUAAAUUUCAAAAAACAAACACGUACAC